GCACAGGACUGGACAGUGACAGGUCAGUGCUAUGGGGUUGGGGCUUGGGUGGUGCUACAUUACACCCUUGGGUGUCAUCAUUCUGUCCUAACCUUAGCGUAGACAGAGUGGGGAGAUGAUGUGUAUAAGCAUACAGGUCCUUUGCCCUAGGAAUGAGACUUCCUGUGGAUUUCCUGGCUGAUGCAAGACUAGGCAUGCGAAAAACCUUGUCCUUGAGCUAAGGUGCUGCUGCAGAGGUUGUCCCUAAGAAGGGACUUUUCUUUAGCGUGUUUGGCCCCUUGCUGGGUCUCUUUGGGUCCCUCAGGACAUCAGCUGUUAUGGACGGAAAGUGUGUGUCUGUAUCUGCCAUCAGAUGUGUGUAGGAUGGGGAAUGCAGGCAAGAGUGGAUGGAUGCUGGAGGUCUCCCAUAGCAGGUAGAAGGUGUCCCCACAGCCGGAGCGGACACGUGUGCAUCGCCUCAGCACCCCAACCCCAGCACAGGGCUGCCGGGAGCCUCAGGGCCACAUCCAGCACCCGUCCUGACCGCACAAGCACCCAGGGAGGAGCUGGUGGUGCCACCAUGUCCCAGGCAGAAGAAGGUGAGGAGACGUUUGAAUACUGUGACGUGGUCAUCAACAGCCAGGAGCAGGUUUCAGAUGUGUACACACAGCUGGAGAAGCUGGGAGAAGGAAAGUUUGGGAUGGUGUUCCGCCUGCAGGAAAAAGCCACUGGAAAAAUCCGGGCUGGGAAAUAUUUCCGGACACAGACAGCGAAGGAGAAGCAGGCGGCUCGGGAUGAGGUGGAGCUCAUGAACCUGCUGCAUCACCCGCGCCUCGUGCAGUGCCUUGCUGCCUUCCAGGGCCCUGCCGAGCUGGUGAUGGUGAUGGAGUAUGUGGCAGGUGGAGAGCUCUUCGAGCGCAUUGUGGACAACGACUUCGAGCACACAGAGCCCAGCAGCACCCAGUACCUGCGGCAGAUCCUGGCAGGGCUGCAGUUCAUGCAUGGUCAGGCCGUCGUCCACCUCGACCUCAAACCUGAGAACAUUGUGUGUGUCAGCCCCAGCAGCCACUGGCUCAAGAUCAUUGACUUUGGCUUGGCGUGGAAGCUGGCUCCAGACACCCCUGUGAAAGUGUCACAUGGCACCCCUGAGUUCAUGGCUCCAGAAGGGGUCGCCUUUGAGCCCGUGGGCUUCGCCACAGACAUGUGGAGUGUUGGUGUCAUUUGCUACAUCCUGCUGAGUGGGGUGUCCCCCUUCCAGGGGGACAAUGACAUGGAGACACUAAGCAACAUCACAGCUGUGCAGUGGGACUUUGACAAGGAGACCUUCUUGGAGAUCUCCCAGCUAGCCAAGGACUUCAUCAGCCAACUGCUGCAGAAAGACCCCCGGUGCUGGCUCUCCAGUGUGGGGGCCCUGCUGCACCCCUGGCUGCAGCAGCCCCAGCCUUACAGCAUGAAGGCACUGCCCAAGGAGAGGAUCAAGCAGUUCCUGACCCAUCGGAAGUGGCAGAAAACAGGCAAAGCCCUGCUGGCCCUCAACAGGCUGACCCUGCUGUCCCAGAGCCUGGAGAGGAAAGUCUUGGAGACUCAGGAUGAGGAAGACCUGGGCUGCAGCCCAGAGGAGGACCAAACCUCUGGAUCUCAGCUCCAACGAGGUUCCAGCAUAUCGGAGCUGCUGCCAGACAAAAAGGAGGAGGAAGACAGGAGCACUGCAGCCACAGGGGAGGCAGAGAGCAGUGUCAGUGUGGCCAUGACAGACCUAGACCACCUAGAGCUGCUGCUGAGAGAAGAGAAGGGACCAAUGGGGAUGAAACCUUCUCCAGCAGCUCACAGUGACCUGGCCAGCCUGGGGUGGACCCAGAGCCCAGGGUUCCUCUCCCAUGGGUGAGGUCUGGAGUCCCAUGUUCAGCAAGGAGCUCGUGCUCCUGUCUGCAUGGCCCCCUGGGCUCGAGCUGUCACAAUAAAGCACUGAGAAUCUCUGUA